CAAGGAGGAAUACUAUGGCUGCUCUGCUGCUGGGAACAAGCCUGUCUUUGCAUCUCUUCCAGCUGCUUCUCCUCCUCUCCAGCCCUUUGUUCACUUGCAGCCUGGAGAAGCAUGCAGGAAGCCGGGAGAGCACCGGGAAGCUCACCUCUCCUCCGGUCAUGUGCAUGGUGGAGCAGGGGGCUUGCAUCGCAAGGUUGGUACUGCUGCUGGAUGACAUCAAGGGGGCUCGGUGCAUGGUGGAAGCCCUUCAGGCCAGAGGCAAUGGCAGCCAGGGGGGCUUCUCCAGGCACCCUUGGCAUCACAGUCUUGCAAGGAGGAUUUCCGGACAGUUAUGUGCAAAGUGCAUUCCUAGAACUUGGGGGUCGAGCCAGCUCGGUGCCUGCAGAUGUUUUUCGGGAGGUGGGCAACGCACCCGGGACGAUAACAGCGGUGACUUUAAUGUGGAUGGACAUUGUGCCGCUUUGGGGAUUGUAAUGGUUAACAGCGAUGGAUCUGAUCCGGGCGGCGGGGACCCGCGUGGUAUGUUUUACUGUGCCGAUGACCACGGGGUGCACGGAUCUCCCAGCCAGAGGAAUAUAAACGGGGAUUGCCCCAUCCUUGCUUUUUUACCUAAGGAAAACGACACCAGUCUGGUUGCCCAGGUCAUCAGGCGUUGUCAACGUAGGCAUCCCCGUCCAUGGCGGCAUAAAUUAGCGGACUGUUACGUGUUGGAAUACUACACUCAUCAUCCUCAGCCUUCAGUUCCGUCAGUGAUUUCUAUCAGUGGGGCCCUGUACGCUUGCUCUGGAUUAUCGGAAGGUGCUCGGUGUGGGGGUGGACCUGCUGGUGACCAGUCCUGCGGUCUGCCAUGGUUGAGCAGCUUCCAGGAUUGCUGGAGACAUCAGCCCGGGGACAACACGUGGAGAGAGGAUAUUUCAGCACCAGCAGAUCAGACAGCUCCCAGGGUGGAUGCAGCUGUUCUUACGCAGCCGGAGCUGUCCCCAAAAGAACCCUGCUCUGUCUAUUUUCCAUUUAACACCACCAAAGGUUGCUUAAAAACUACUUUCCCACUAUCCGGCAUGGGGAAGCUUACCAAUAUUGACCUGUUCGCUCAGCAGCAAUUAUCUGGCAGCAAAGAAAUGCAGCCGAAUCCAUUCCACCUCCCCCAUAUAUCACAUACACACGAUGUCAAGCAGGGGAUCAGUGGGAGGAGAAGAGAAAGGGCAUCCCUUCCAUUAAUAAGAACACGCAGGGCAGCCAACCGGCCUCCUCUCUUCCUCCAACAUAAUUAUCAGGUUCAGGUGGCCGAAAAUCAGCCCCCGGGGACCCCUGUGAUAACCAUGACAGCGCAAGACCCAGAUACCGGGGAUUCGGGGAGGGUGAUGUACACUAUGGACGCCUUGAUGAAUAGCAAAUCUUUAGAGCUCUUCAGUAUAGACUCAGUGACAGGUUUAAUCUCCACCACCGAAAUCCUAGACAGGGAAAACAUGGAACAACAUUAUUUUCGAGUCACGGCCAUAGACCACGGGAGUUCGCGUUUGUCAGCGACCACUAUGGUGUCCGUAACUGUGGCUGACAAAAACGACCACAGCCCGUCGUUUGAGCAGACGGAGUACAGGGAGAGCAUUAGGGAGAACGUAGAGGAGGGGUACCCCAUCUUGCAGCUGAGAGCCACCGAUAUCGACUCUCAGGCCAACGCCAAUAUUAAGUAUCGGUUUGUCAACGAGCAAGCCGCCCAUUCGGUGUUCGAAAUAGACGCCAGGUCCGGUUUGAUCACCACCAGCGGUCAGGUAGACCGGGAGAAAAGGGAAAAAUACUCCUUAAUCGUGGAAGCCAGUGACCAAGGCAAAGACCCCGGCCCUAGGUCAUCUACUGUAAAGGUGGAGAUUACCGUGUUCGACGAAAAUGAUAACGUCCCCCAAUUUAGUGAGAAGCGUUACAUCGUUCAGAUCCGGGAAGAUAUUAAGCCUCACACGGAGAUUUUAAGGGUUACGGCCACCGACCUUGACAAGGAUAAUAAUGCUGUGGUCCAUUAUAACCUUAUUAGUGGGAAUAGUAGGGGGCAGUUCUCCAUCGACAGCUUCAAUGGCGCCAUACAGGUCAUAAGCCCCCUAGACUUUGAAUCCGAGAGGGAGUACACUUUAAGAGUCCGCGCCCAGGACUCGGGCCGCCCACCCCUUUCCAACAACACUGGCAUGAUAAGCGUGCAAGUCUUAGACAUUAAUGACCAUGCCCCCAUAUUUGUUAGUACCCCCUUUCAAGUAAAUGUCCUAGAAAACGUCCCGUUGGGUCACUCGGUGAUUCACAUCCAAGCUGUUGAUGCCGAUUAUGGCGAAAACGCCCGUAUGGAAUACAAGUUACUGGGGGUCUCUUCCACCACCCCGUUUGUGAUCAACAGCGCCACCGGUUGGAUCACCGUGAGCGGACAGCUGGAUAGAGAGACAGAAGAACGCUACUUGUUUGGGGUUGAGGCCCGCGAUCACGGUAACCCAUCGCUGUCUGCUUCCGCCAGCAUCACCAUCACCAUCCUGGAUGUGAAUGACAAUCGCCCCGAGUUUACCCAAAGGGAAUAUUUUAUUCGCCUAAAUGAGGAUGCAAGCGUGGGUACCAGUGUGCUUAGCGUCACGGCCAUAGACAGGGAUGUCAAUAGCAUCAUCUCCUACCAGAUCACCGGGGGAAAUACUCGCAACCGCUUUGCCAUCUCUACUCAGGGUGGAGCAGGGUUAAUCACUUUGUCAUUGCCCCUCGACUACAAACAGGAAAGACGUUACGUUCUGACGGUGACGGCUUCCGACCGUAUCCUGCAUGAUAACUGUUUCGUCCAUAUCAACAUCACCGAUGCCAACACUCACCGUCCGGUAUUUCAGAGCGCGCACUACACCGUCGAUAUCAACGAGGACCGUCCUAUUGGAAGCACGGUGGUGAUAAUCAGUGCCGCAGAUGAUGACGUGGGCGAAAAUGCCAGGAUCACCUACUUUCUAGAAGACAACAUCCCCCAGUUUCUUAUCAAUCCAGACAGUGGAGCCAUCACGCUCAAUGCCCUCCUGGACUAUGAGGACCAGAUGAUUUACAGCCUGGCCGUUGUGGCAAAAGACAAUGGAAUUCCCCAAAAAUCUGACACGACUUAUGUAGAAAUAAUGGUUAACGAUGUCAAUGAUAAUGCCCCUCAGUUCCUGAACACGCAGUAUCACGGGAUUGUCUCAGAGGACGCUCCUCCCUUCACCAGUGUCCUCCAGAUCUCUGCCACCGACCGGGAUUCCCAUACCAAUGGACGGGUACAAUAUACUUUCCAAAAUGGAGAAGACGGAGACGGGGAUUUCACCAUUGAACCAACCUCAGGUAUUAUUCGUACUGUGCGGAAAUUGGACCGGGAAACUGUUCCUUUCUAUGAGUUGACAGCUUAUGCGGUGGACAGGGGUAUCCCUCCGCAGAGAAGCCCAGUCCGCAUCCAAGUAGCCGUUCAGGACGUCAAUGACAAUGCCCCCGUCUUCCCAGCGGAUGAAUUUGAGGUUUUCGUGAAGGAAAACAGUAUUGUUGGCUCAGUUGUUGGUAGGAUCAAGGCUUUGGAUCCUGACGAAGGUCCAAAUGCCCAGAUCAUGUAUCAGAUUGUUGAAGGUAACAUUCCUGAAAUUUUCCAAAUGGAUUUCUUUUCUGGAGAGCUCACCGCCCUCAUAGAUUUAGACUACGAGACGAGACCUGAGUACAUCAUCGUGGUUCAGGCCACCUCGGCCCCCCUGGUUAGCAGAGCCACGGUGCAUAUUAAGCUGAUCGAUCAAAAUGACAAUACUCCCGUUCUGAAGAACUUCCAGAUACUCUUCAAUAACUACAUCUCCAACAGCUCCAACACUUUUCCCUCUGGUGUCAUUGGGAAGAUACCGGCAUAUGACCCUGAUGUAUCAGACAAACUCUUCUACACCUUUGAACGUGGGAACGAGCUAAAUUUGUUGAUCGUCAAUCACUCGAGUGGAGAAUUAAGGCUCAGCCGGAAAUUGGACAACAACCGACCCUUGAUGGCAUCAAUGUUGGUCACGGUAUCAGAUGGGAUCCAUAGUGUGACCGCCCAAUGUGUCCUGCGUGUUCUCAUCAUCACAGAAGACAUGUUGUCUAACAGUAUCACAGUUCGCCUGGAGAACAUGUCUCAGGAGCGCUUCCUGUCUCCCCUGUUGACCAGCUUCUUGGAGGGAGUGUCGACCGUGUUGGCCACCCCAAAGGAAGACAUCUUCAUUUUCAACAUCCAGAAUGACACCGACGUUAAGAGCACCAUACUCAACAUCAGCUUCUCUGCCCUCGUUCCACAAGGUGACCGCUCACAGUUUUUCAGCUCAGAAGACCUUCAAGAGCAACUCUAUAUGAAGAGGAUGACUCUGACCUCGGCCUCCAUGCUGGAGGUCUUACCAUUUGACGAUAAUGUCUGUCUACGUGAACCCUGUGAAAAUUAUAUGAAGUGUAUAUCUGUGCUGAAGUUUGACAGCUCGGCUCCAUUCAUUGCUUCCGAGUCCAUACUUUUCCGUCCAAUUCACCCGAUCACUGGUCUACGCUGCCGUUGCCCUCAGGGCUUCACCGGGGAUUAUUGUGAAAUUGAGAUAAAUCUUUGCUACUCAAAUCCUUGUCAAAAUGGAGGCGUAUGUGCCAGAAGAGAAGGAGGCUACACGUGUAUAUGCCAGGAACGCUUCACAGGUGACAACUGUGAAGUGGACAGCAGCUCAGGACGCUGUGUGCCCGGCGUCUGCAGGAAUGGGGGGACAUGCACUAACUUGGCAGAAGGAGGCUUCACAUGCCAGUGUCCAUCUGGAGGCUUCGAGAAGCCAUACUGCGAAUUGUCAACACGUUCCUUCCCUCCGAAGUCAUUUGUCAUGUUCCGAGGACUCCGGCAGAGAUUCCAUAUGAGCCUGUCACUGUCAUUUGCCACCAAAGAGAAGAAUGGCCUUUUGUUUUACAAUGGACGCCUCAAUGAAAAGCAUGACUUCAUUGCGGUGGAGAUUAACGAUGGACAAGUGCAGCUGAAAUACUCCACAGGAGAAUCCAGCACCCUGGUGGCCCCCUACGUCCCUGGAGGGGUCAGCGAUGGCAAAUGGCACACAGUCCAGCUCCGCUACUACAACAAGCCUAAGAGGGGAUCUAUGGGGGUGGCCCAGGGGCCCUCGAAGGAGAAGGUAGCCGUGCUGGCGGUGGAUGACUGCGACAUUCCUGUGGCCUUGAAAUUCAGCAGUGAGAUUGCAAACUACACGUGUGCGGCUGAGGGAGUCCAGUCCAGUUCCAAAAAGUCCCUGGAUCUCACAGGUCCUCUUCUUCUGGGCGGGGUCCCCAAUCUCCCUGAAAACUUCCCAGUGACCCACAGAGAGUUCAUAGGAUGUAUGAAGGAUCUGUACAUCGACAGCAGAAAGCUCGACCUGGCGUCAUACAUAGCAAAUAACGGGACCUCUGCAGGGUGUAAUGCAAAGCAGUCGUUUUGUGACCCUAAACCAUGUAAAAAUGGAGGCAGCUGCACAUCGGGCUGGGGCACGUACACCUGUGAUUGUCCAUUGGGUUUUGGAGGAAAGGACUGCAAUAUCGCAAUGCACCAUCCCUAUCACUUCAACGGGAGCGGAGUUCUGUCCUGGGACUUUAAAAAUGAAGUGAAAAUCUCCAUUCCCUGGUUUAUGGGCCUGGCUUUCCGAACGCGCCGAAAUGACGGACUGCUGCUGCAAGUGCACGCUGGCCAGUAUACCAUCAUCCAGUGCCAGCUGGUUUCUGGACACGUCUCGUUCUCGGUCAGCCGAGGUUCCAGCAGAUCCUCCAACCUCCUGUUGGACCAGAUGCAAGUGAAUGAUGGGAGGUGGCAUGACUUGCAGAUGGAGCUACGCGAUGUGCGGAGCGGACGGGAAACCCGUUAUGUUAUCAGCAUCAACUUGGAUCAUGGGUUUUACCAGGAUACUGUCAAUGUGGGGAGCGAACUUCAUGGACUGAGGGUUAAGCACCUUUACGUGGGCGGAGUUCUGACCGCUCAGGGGGCACAGAAUGGUUUGGAAGGCUGUAUACAGGGGCUGCACCUCGGAGACACCCCCAGCGGUAUCGUCUUUCCCAAGCCGACAAACCUCUUGAAUGUUAAAAAUGGCUGCAAUGUCACCAACAUGUGUGAUCCUAACCCCUGCCAGGUGAACAGCUCCUGCGUGGACACGUGGCUGGGCCAUGUCUGCGUCUGUCACCCAGGAUUCUUAGGAGACAACUGUGUAGAUGUUUGUCAGAUCAACCCCUGUGAGAAUAAAGGAUCGUGCACUCAUCGUGCAGACCACCCCCUUGGUUAUACCUGUGAGUGCUCAGGGCACCAUUUUGGAAGAUACUGCGAGCACAGAAUGGAUCAUCAGUGUCCUAAAGGCUGGUGGGGGAAUCGAACCUGUGGACCGUGCAACUGUGAUGUCAAUAAGGGCGUCGAUCCCAACUGCAAUAAGACGAAUGGGCAGUGCCACUGCAAGGAGUAUCAUUAUCGCCCUAAAGGAAGCGAUGCAUGUUUGCCCUGUGAUUGUUACCCCAUUGGAUCCUCUUCGAGGUCAUGCGAUCUGGAUACCGGCCAGUGCUACUGUAGACCCGGAGUGAUCGGACGCCAGUGCAACAGCUGCGACAGCCCGUUUGCAGAGGUCUCGCCCAGUGGUUGUCAAGUUAUUUAUGACGGAUGUCCAAAAACAUUAACUUCAGGCGUUUGGUGGCCCAGGACCAAGUUCGGCCUCCCGGCUGCUGUUCCCUGUCCAAAAGGUUCCCUAGGUGUAAGGGGCUCAGGAGCCGCCAUACGACACUGUGAUGAUGUGAGGGGCUGGGUGGACCCGGACCUGUUCAACUGCACCUCCCCGGCGUUCACAGAACUGUCUGCGUUGUUGGACAGUUUAGAGAGAAACGAGACAGAACUGAAUACCAUCGAGUCCAAGAAGCUGUCUCUGCGUCUUCGCUCCGUGACAGAGCACAUGGACCAGUAUUUCGGGAACGACGUCCACAUAACCUACCGCCUGCUGUCUCUGCUCAUGCAGUUUGAGAACCGACAGAAGGGUUUUGGGCUGACGGCCACACAAGACGCCCAGUUCACGGAGAACCUUCUUCGCACAGGAAGCUCCAUCUUAACUCUGAGUAACAAGGAGCAUUGGGAAACGCUCCUGCAGAAUGACCGCGGCAGCGCAGGGCUCAUGGACCUGUUUCAGCAAUAUGCCAGCACCCUCGCCAGGAACAUGAAACUUACCUACCUGAACCCCGUUGGCCUGGUGACCCCUAACAUUAUUGUUAAUAUCGAGCGAGUGGAUAAUCAGAUCCUGGAAAGAAGACAUUUUCCCAGGUAUCACAGCAGUCUUUUCCGGGGUCAGACUUCCUGGGAUCCUCACACUCAUGUGGUGCUGCCCGCCUCGGUCCUCGAGCCGCCCAAGCCGGAAGUGCCACCCACAAUUGCUGCGUCUCCAACCAGCCCCGCAACCAGCAACCUUACCACACCUGUACCCCCAGCAAAAAGAGUCAUCCCAGAACCUGCGCCAACCAUACUCAUUCUCAUUGUAUACCGCACCCUGGGUGACCUAUUGCCAGCACGUUACCACACGGAGAAAAGGAGUCUCAGGCUCCCUAAGAAUCCGGUGAUGAAUACCCCCAUCGUGAGCGUGUCCGUUCUCAGGGACCAGUCCUUUAUCCGUGGGGAUCUGGAGCGGCCACUGAUAUUAGACUUUCAAUUGCUGGAAACGGUGAACAGAAGCAAACCCGUCUGUGUGCAAUGGAAUCACACGACCCAAUUGGAGCAGCCGGGGAGCUGGACGGCCAAGGACUGUGAGCUGAUCUUCAGGAACACCACACACGUGCGCUGCCAGUGCUCCCAGUUUGGCAGUUUUGGAGUCCUUAUGGAUGGUUCUCAUCGAGAGCGAAUGGAGGGAGAUCUGGAGACCCUGGCCGUUGUCUCUUACACCUGUGUGUCCAUCUCGCUGGUGGCUCUGCUGUCUACGUUUGCGAUCCUGACAUCUCUGAAGGGGAUAAAAUCCAACACCCGGGGGAUCCACUCUAAUGUCGCCGCUGCGCUUUUCUUCUCUGAGCUUGUGUUCCUAUUGGGGAUCAACAGCACGGAAAACGAGUUCCUCUGCACGGUGAUCGCCAUCCUACUUCAUUAUUUCUUCCUGUCGACGUUCGCCUGGUUGUUUGUGGACGGACUCCAUAUUUACCGCAUGCAGACGGAAGUCAGGAACGUGAACUACGGGGCCAUGAGGUUUUACCACGCCAUCGGUUGGGGCGUCCCAGCCAUAAUCACCGGUUUGGCCGUGGGACUUGACCCCGAAGGUUAUGGAAACCCGGACUUUUGCUGGAUCUCCAUCCAUGAUAAACUUGUGUGGAGCUUUGCUGGACCGGUCGCUAUUGUCAUUGUGGUUAAUGGGGUUAUGUUCCUCAUGGUGGCCAAACUUGUCUGUUCUCCAGGACAGAAGGAAGCAAAGAAAAAGUCUGUGCUCAUGACUGUCCGGAGCUCCUUCAUUCUCCUGCUGUUUAUCAGCACUGCCUGGCUGUUCGGUCUGCUGGCUGUAAAUAACAGCAUUCUGGCCUUUCACUACCUCUAUGUCCUCCUCUGCAGCCUGCAGGGUCUGGCGGUGCUGGUUCUUUUCUGUGUACUCAAUGAAGAGGUCCAAGAGGGCUGGAAAAUCGUAUGUCUUGGCAAGAAGAGCCAGGGAGAGGAGUCAUCCAGACAAGCUCCGAUGGGGGGUCCCAACGCUUACAAUAACACGGCCUUAUUUGAGGAGAGCGGUCUGAUCAGGAUCACGUUAGGAGCGUCCACGGUGUCCUCGGUCAGCAGCGUGCGCACCGCGCGUACUCACUCCAGCCACAGAGCCUAUCUGAGGGAAAACAUUGCAGCUCGCCAGGGAUCUGCCAAAGACCACAGCCUUCACUCCGGUCCCACUGACCUAGACAUGGCAAUGUUUCAUCGAGAUGCUGGAGGAGAACAAGAUUCUGACUCGGAUAGCGACCUGUCCUUGGAUGAAGAGCACAGUCUGUCUAUCCCGUCAUCAGAAAGUGAAGAAAAUGUCCGCCCUCGAGGAAGGUUCCAGCGUCAGUUUAAACGGACAGCUCACAGCGAGAGGCUGCUCACCGAUCCAUCAAAUCACAGUCCUAAAGAUAUGGAUGGCAAUGACUUGAUGUCCUAUUGGCCGGCCCUGGGGGACACAGAGGUGCAGACAAACUCAUUGCAGAAAUGGGGGUCUGAAAGGAAACUUGGUCUCGAUCUCAACAAAGACGCAGCUAACAAUAACCAGCCAGACCUGACCAGCGGGGAUGAAAAUUCCCUCACAUACUCCCAUAGGCAGAGGAAAGGAAUCUUGAAGAAUCGACUUCAAUAUCCGCAAGGUUUGCCAUCCAUGGGUAGGAUGACGAAUGAAUUACCAUGGUAUAAGACCUCUACGCUGGGUCACAGGGCUGUGCCGGCAGCCUCAUAUGGCAGAAUGUAUUCUGGAGCUGGCAGUCUGUCUCAGCCCAACAGCCGAUACUCCUCCCGAGAGCAGCUUGACAUGCUGAUGCGAAAGCAGAUGUCCAGGGAGCAACUGAGUAGGAAUAAUUCCCGGGAACUUCUAGAAGCUGUACCCAGUAGACAUGGAUCUCGAGAACAACUAGAUACCAUUCCUAGCCGGCAUGGUUCAAGAGAACAUCUGGAUAUCAUUUCCAGCCGACACGGGUCAAGAGAGCAUUUGGAAAGCAUAUCAAGCCGACACGGUUCUAGAGAACAUUUAGACCAGCCUGACAUGAGAAGUGAUAGGGGGGAUAGUCUGCCUCGAAGGCAUGCUUCUAGGGAACACCUGGAAGAUUUACAUAGCAGAUAUGGGUCAAGAGAGCAACUUGACCCUGGUCCAGCAAGAGAGCUGUCUCGAGAAUGGGUAAACACUUUGCCAGGUAGGCAAGUAUCUAGGGAGCGAAUGGACUCUUUAUUAACCAGACCUCCUUCUAGGGAGCAGCUAGACCCUCAGCCGAGAAGACAGCCGUCCAGAGAGCAACUGGCGUCAACUAGGCAACUGUCGAGGGAACAAUUGGACUUUUUAUCAAGAAGGUCUAAUUCCAGAGACCACCUGGACUCAGUGCCUAGCACACAUUCAUGUACAGAUAACAUAGAACCUCUUUCUAGAAGGCAACUAUCUAGAGAAAAUUUGGAGACUCUUUCAAAAAGGCUUCCAUCUAGGGACAACCUCGAACCUCUGUCUAGAAGACAACCUUCCAGGGAGAAUCUAGACACAGUUCCCAGUCGGCAUCCGUCCACCGAACAGCUAGAUAUUCUGUCAUCCAUCCUCGCUUCAUUUAACACGUCCGUCCUUUCAUCCAAUAAUUCCGCCCACCAAACCGUCAACCCUUCAGUGCAAAACUCCUCAACCCCAUCUAUGCUGUGUUCUUCUACACCCCAUUCUGGCACGUCACACAGCAUAUCCGAGAUGUCUGCAGAUUCUGAGUUAGUGAGAAAUGAUGGUCAUUCCUGAAAAAACCCCAUUGGGAGCAGAAGGAGAGGAAGAUACUAUGGGCAGCUGUGUGUGCAAGCUCCUGGUUACACAUUUGCUAGCAGAGGUCUGUAGUCCACUCGCCAGCUGGCCUGAGACGUGACUGAGCAGGAGGAGGUCGGGAAUCUCAGGUAACCAUUUACCAACCGCAAUGCCGAAGCCAGGCUGGAACAUCAAGCGCACGUACCACAACAGGAAGGAAGUGUGGCACGGAGCGCUGACGCAACCAAACGCUGUUUCUACGUAUCGUCCGAAACGCUUGCUGCAGGAGGCUCCUUUAAAUAGAUGGUCAUCAGGGGAAGAGAGGUUCUUGUGAACUGAACAGACAUUUUUUUUUUAUACAUUUUUGUACGUUUGUAACCAGAGCUUAAAAAAAAAAAAAAGGAAAACAAAAAGCAGAAAAUUUUUAUCCUUAUUUUUAGGAGUAAUUUGUCGAUGUCAUUCCAAUGCAGACGCUGUUCUUGUUGAGGGUUACAAGGGAACUUUCUAGAAAGUAGUGG